AUGUUGAGUACAUUUCUUUUCUCGUUCUUCUCCACAACAACUAUUCUGUUUCGUGAUGUUUUCAGACAUGACGACAACAUUUCCAUAAACGACAUCAUCAUCUUCCAUUUUGGUAGUGCCACUAACUGUUCUCCAAUAAUUAAACAAAUGUCACUUCGAAAAGUAAUUGUCUUCGAUUCGAAAUCGUACGAUGAAAAAACUUUUAAAGCUGCAUUAAAAAACUUGAAUGGCCAAAAUAAACUUCGUUUUACAUUCUUGGAAAGUAAAUUAACGGAGGAAACUGUUGAUGAAGCACUUGGUUACGAUGCUAUUUGUGUUUUUGUCAACGAUAUUGUUAAUCAAAAUGUUAUCGAACAGCUACACAAAACAUGUGCCACAGUAAAGAUGAUUGCCUUACGAUGCGCUGGAUUUAACAAUGUUCAUUUGGAAACAGCAGAAAAAUAUGAGCUGAAAGUUUCACGUGUACCACGUUAUUCACCGUAUGCUGUCGCAGAACAUUCGGUUGCUCUUCUAUUGUCAUUGAAUCGAAAUAUGCACCAUGCGUUCUUUCGAACUAAACAACAUAAUUUCAGUUUGGAUGGGUUAGUCGGUAUCGAUUUAUUUGGCAAAACGGUGGGAAUUAUCGGAACUGGUGGUAUUGGAAUGUGUGCGAUUAAUAUUUUUCUUGGCUUUGGCUGUAGAGUACUAGCGUAUGAUAUUUAUCCAAAUGAAAAUGCAGCAAAAGAAAAAGGUUUUGUAUAUACAACAAUGGACGAAUUGCUGCGAGAAAGUGAUGUCGUUUCAAUCUACGCACCAUUACUUGAUUCAACAUAUCAUCUGAUUAAUAAAGAGGCUUUGGACAAGAUGAAACCGAGAGCAAUGUUAAUUAAUACAAGUCGAGGUGGUUUAGUCGAUUCGAAAGCUCUUCUCGAAUGUUUAAAAUCAGGCAAAUUACGAGGUGCAGCAUUAGACGUUUAUGAAAAUGAAAAACAAUAUUUCUUCAAUGACUACAGUCAACAAGUUAUGGAAGAUGAUACACUCGCACGUUUAAUUUCAAUGCCGAAUACAAUCGUUACAUCUCAUCAAGCAUUUCUUACCGAAGAAGCUUUGAAAAACAUCGCUGAAACCACUGUACAAAGUUUAUUGGAUUUCUUCGAUGGCAAACCAUUGAAUGAGAAUAACGAAGUUAAAGCACCGCCGAAAAAAUGA